CUUGGCGGUGGUCUUGGUGGUGUUCUUGCCAGUGGUAUUGGUGAUGGGCUCCUGGUGGGCAGUGAGAAAGUGACCAUGCAGAACCUCAAUGACCGCUUGGCCACCUACCUGGACAAGGUGCAUGCCCUGGAAGAGGCCAACAGAGACCUGGAGGUGAAGAUCCGGGACUGGUACCAGAGGCAGCAGCCCACUGAGAUCAAAGACUACAGCACCUACUUCAAGACCAUUGAGGACCUGAAGAGCAAGAUCAUUAUUGCCACCCAGGAGAAUGCACAGUCCACUUUGCAGAUCGACAAUACCAGGCUGGCAGCUGAUGACUUCAGGACCAAGUAUGAGAAUGAGCUGUUCUUGCGGCAGUCUGUGGAGGGCGACAUAAAUGGCCUGCGCAAGGUGCUAGAUGAGCUGACCCUGUCCAGAGCUGAUCUGGAGAUGCAGAUUGAAAGCCUCAGAGAAGAGCUGGCCUUCCUGAAGAAGAACCACGAGGAGGAGAUGCGUGCCUUGAGGGGUCAGACUGGUGGGGACGUCAAUGUGGAGAUGGACGCAGUCCCCGGUGUGGACCUCAGCCGCAUUCUGAAUGAGAUGAGGGACCAGUAUGAGCAGAUGGCAGAGAAGAACCGCAGAGAUGUGGAGGCCUGGUUCCUGAAAAAGACUGAGGAGCUGAACAAAGAGGUGGCCUCUAACAGUGAUCUAAUCCAGAGCAACCGAAGUGAGGUGGCUGAGCUCCGCAGGGUGUUCCAGGGCCUGGAGAUCGAACUGCAGUCCCAGCUCAGCAUGAAAGCAUCCUUGGAGAACAGCCUAGAAGAGACCAAAGGCAGAUACUGUAUGCAGCUGUCCCAGAUCCAGGGCUUGAUCAGCAGUGUGGAGGAGCAGCUCGCUCAGCUGCGCUGCGAGAUGGAGCAGCAGAGCCAGGAGUACAACAUCUUGUUGGAUGUGAAGACAAGGCUGGAGCAGGAAAUCGCCACCUACCGCCGUCUGCUGGAUGGCGAGAAUGUCCAUAGCUCCUCCUCAUAGCACCUCUCUGGACAGUCCUAUUCUUCUCCAGAAGUCUUCUCCUCAUCCUCCUGCCAGCCCCGGUCCAUCCUCAAGGAGCAAGGCUGAACCAGCUUCAUCCAGAGUCAAAGCCAGAGUUCCAGAAACUAA